GUGUGGAUCCGGUUGCGAAAGUGAAAAUUGUCUCCCGCUUUGUCCCCCUGUUCUCAGUGGUGGGUGUCCCCUGAGGAUGGACAUGCCCCCGGCUUUCUAACGGUCUCUUCCAAUAGAGAUAGUUGGGCCUGUGUAUUGGGGCUUGUAAGUGCUAAAGUGCUGUUCCCAAGUGGUCAAUUAGUGCCCGUGGAUUAAGUUAACUCAGCAGACGAGGGCGCCUCGAGAAGGGUGAUAGUGAAUUAGAUUGGAAGAUUUACUGCAGUGAAUGGAUCAUUGACCACGACGAUAGCGUCAUUGGAGAAAGCGGAUUACAAUUAGAGCGAUUCGAUUAGUGUUGUUGGUUGGAAAACAGAUUGACGGUAUGUCAAGUGAUGCUGCCCAGAGUAAUCUUGGGGCAGUCUGUUCAUAAUUAAUUAAGUGUGUCGGAGUUCAAGUGAGAAUAGAUCCAUAAUUCCAUUAGUGCAGAAGCAUCGGAAGGUGUGAAGAUUUAAAACACCUGUUGGAGGGUGCGAUUUAAGUGAGAAUCAGAGAAACAACCUGUGGGCGACCGAGUGGCUGCGAAUGGAUUAAUGGAACGAAUGAAUUACUUAAGAUUCGCCAGCGGAAACACUCAACUGGAUAACAAAGCGCGCACCAACUGGACAUCCGCCACGCCAUCCAUAAAUCGAACAACCAACAUGUGCUUCCAAGCUUGCACCUGAUUCACAAAUCAACACCGGGAACGAUCAACAUACUCACGGACUCCGACAAUGUCCAUUUUCUCUUCGCCACGUGCGAGCCCAGCAAAAAGUGGAACAUUGUGCAUGAAGAAUGCACUCUAUCAAAUGAAUACAUAAAUAACUAACGGCAUAAAUCAUAAACCCUGUUGCAUCGUGCUGCCAUCGUACCGCUGAAUUUUCGUCGCUCCGUUAGCAAUCUGUGGCAAGUGGCAACGGUAACAAAAAUCCCAUCACAUCUUCCCUCUAGCUAGCAUCGAACCGGUUGUAGUGAAGUGAAGUGCAUUACGUCGAAGCCAUCGUUAUUCCACCAAAUCCAGCCUACGUGGAACGGAAUUUGAAUUCGACAUAAAACGAACCGGAAGUUGCCCUGGGAACCACCGUACCCAGUAUUUGGCGGUACGGACAUCCAUCAGCAGAAAAAAUAAUCCACAUUUCCACUGGGUUAGCAGUUCGUUAGUAAAAAAAAAAUAAAAACACAAAGUGCAAGGUCGUAAAAAGCUUCACAUCGCCAAUUAGUGAUAAAUAAAAAUCUACCGAAACGUGAUUAUUGUACCAGUGAUUAUGCCACCGGGCUGCAUAAGCCAGAAAUGAUGAUGAUGGCGCACAUUUCUCAUUCAUCAGCAAGAGUCAAGUGGCCGGGUUUGAAAAUGUUCGUUCCGGUAAUGAAAGCCGUGUAAUCCCUCCCAGGAAAAUGAUGUACGCCACCCAAGUGGAAGCGCAGUGCAAAAAAACUGUGACACGAUGAUAAUCGUCCAACGAAAUGUUGUAUCAGCCCAGACAGCAUUAGCCGGACGAACCGCAGUUGAUCCCAGCGCAGAACCUAGCAUAAAAAAGAAAAAUUAGCUUCGGUGAGUUCCGUGACGGAAACAGUGAAGAUAAAAAAAUAGUGAACAGAAAAAAAAUAUACCAGAGCAACCGAGCGAACAAAUGGACUGUCAUGAAUUAUGAAACUGAUUCAACGCUGAAGUCACCUGGCAGGACAAGCAGCAGCUGCAAGGCGCGAUGGACGGUGAAAAUCGCAUCAUCCUGAACGUGGGAGGCAUCAGAUACGAAACCUACAAGGCAACACUGAAGAAGAUUCCUGCCACCAGACUCUCCCGUCUAACUGAGGCACUGGCCAAUUACGACCCGAUACUGAACGAGUACUUUUUUGACCGCCAUCCGGGUGUGUUUGCACAAGUGCUGAACUACUACCGAACCGGCAAGCUGCAUUAUCCAACGGAUGUCUGCGGGCCACUUUUCGAAGAGGAGUUGGAAUUUUGGGGCCUUGAUUCGAACCAGGUGGAACCGUGCUGCUGGUCGACGUACAGUGUUCAUCGCGAUACUCAGAGCACUUUGGCCAUAUUGGACAAACUGGAGCUGGAUGACGAACAACCCUCGGAGGAGGCCAUCGCUCGGUUGUUUGGUUUCGAGGAAGCGCUGCUCAACGGUGAGCUGACUUGCUGGCAGCGUACAAAGCCUAAAAUUUGGGCACUCUUCGAUGAGCCUUCCAGCUCCACUGGGGCCAAGAUCGUAGCCGGCAUAUCGGUUUUCUUCAUCUGCAUUUCUGUGAUAUCAUUCUGUCUGAAGACUCAUCCCGGCCUACGAGUGGAAAUUCCAGCCAUACUAAAUGUAUCUGCCAACGGUAGCAGCUUCGGUGCAGUCCUGUCAAACGUGACCAACUUCGGCCCAACGGAUAGUGGCACCAGUAGUAGUAGCAGCAGCAGCAGCAGCAGCAACAGUAACAGUAGCAGUAACGACGACGACGAGUCGGAUGAUACUAUCGGAGAACCACCACCUCCGGCGGCAGCCAGCAGGGGAGCGCAUACGAGCCCUACGAGCAGAAGUGGCACCAGCAGCACUGGGCUGUACCAACGCCCGGCUGGGAGGCUCAUAUCUUCCGCCUAUCGGGCCGGCAAAGGAGCAAAUAUUGUCGAUAAUUGGCAGGAAACAUACGGCCAACCGCAUGAAGCGUUUUUCUACGUGGAGCUGGUGUGCAAUGUUUGGUUUAUAAUCGAACUGAUGGUGCGGCUUGUGGUUGCCCCGAACAUUUUCGAGUUUAUCAAAUCCCCGGUGAACAUCAUCGAUCUGGCGGCGACGCUUAGCUUCUACACCGAUGUGUGCCAACGGAUGGGCGAGCAGACCGGCCUACUGGAGGCGUUCUCCAUCGUCCGAAUCCUGCGAUUGUUCAAGCUGACCCGGCACUCGCCCGGUCUCCGGAUUCUGAUUCACACCUUCAAAGCAUCGGCCCGGGAGCUAACCUUGUUGGUGUUUUUUCUCGUGCUCGGCAUCGUCGUGUUUGCCAGUUUGGUGUACUACGCGGAAAAGCUACAGGAUAAUCCGGACAAUCAGUUCAAGAGCAUACCGCUCGGGCUGUGGUGGGCCAUUGUCACGAUGACCACCGUUGGGUACGGGGAUAUGGCGCCGAAAACCUACGUCGGCAUGUUCGUCGGAGCGCUCUGUGCCCUGGCCGGUGUGCUGACCAUUGCGCUACCGGUGCCCGUCAUCGUCAGUAACUUCUCCAUGUUUUACUCCCAUACACAGGCACGCUCCAAACUGCCGAAGAAACGCCGACGGGUGCUACCUGUGGAGCAACCGCGGCGAAAGCGGGAAGUCGGCGUGGCGAACCGGCGAAUGAACGCCCUCAAGCACCAGCACACCCACCCGACGCACCCGGCCAUCUUCAAGGACGCUUUCGGAGGGGCGAAAAUCGGUAACGUAAACGGCGUGAACGUGAUUGGCCUCACCUUGCAGGGUCCGUCGGUACCGGGAUUGGCCGUACUGAAGCCCCCUUCCAUCAUGCAGCAAGGUGACUUUAUCAAUGUUCCCCAACUAAGUUCACUGCAGCCCCGGCAACCCACAACCGGCAAUGUGGAUUUAUUGCUUCCAUUACAACCGAAACUGUUGGUUCCGCUGGUGGAUCGACGUGAUUGCAGCCGAAUGCCGCCACCAGCUGGAUUUGGCGGAUUGCCGCCAAUGAUGACCACGGUGCCAACAGUUGGAGGUCCGGCUUCCGCUACUACGAUGACGACCAUCACAGCCACCACCACAGCCACCACUACGAUGGGGCCGCCGAUCCCGGAGGAGAUUACGCUGGAACAGCCGAAGGUUACGCUCCACAACGAUUCACUCUCAUCGUCCGACGACGGGCCAGACUCUCCAUCGGGGGACGAGGUUUAGAUUUGUAGGAGGUACGGGGUAAAGGAGUUGAGCGAAAAAGGGAUUGAAAUAUUCGAUGCGAGCGUUUUUGCUCUGAGAAUGGUGGUUUACUGACUGAUGAUUUUAUGCACCCCGAUUUUUUCAUUGAGUAAGGGAUUAAGUACGAUGAAUUAUUUAUUACAAUAUCAGUAUCCCUUCAAAAUGAAAUAAAAUUAAAAACAGUACUAUUGGAAAGGUCAUGGUAAUCAGGAAUAAUAAUCAGACCGUUCUGCAUUAGCUACUUUGAAAUUAAAACAAAUAUAAAUCGUCAUCCAACUAUCGCUAUAUUUAUGGCGCCAUUUGUUCACGUUUUAAUCAUUAUCCUACAAGAGUGCUAAGUUCAAUCCUUACAAAAGGAAUGCAGGUUUUCAAAGCGGUCAAAAUUUCAAAUGAUAAGCAGAUUUCAGAGCCUCACUCUAGAUCAAUUUAAGCACAAUCAUAUACAUUGCGGAUCUCUAGACGAAUAAAAUAAAGUAAAAAAUAUCCAAAUCGAUUGACCCGAAGAAAUGAAAAAAGAGCAUCAACAAGGUUUUCAUCUAAAAAUAACCAAACAGUAAGCCACCAUUCUAGUACGCAAAUAAAUUGUAACUACGUCAUAGAAUAGAGGUACCGAGCAUACCAUAAACAGUUUUUGUCAUACAAAAGCACCCUCUGCUGAGAGAAAUUUGUAAUUUCAUCGAAUGCCAAUCUUUUAAAGCAUCUAUCUGUGUCCUAACUAUUACUCCAAAACAAUGGAUUUCGAAAACCAAGCGAACUAUUAUAUAGAGAGGAUACUCGAAUCGGUUCCAAACGGAGAGAUAAGUACAACGUUUACAACGUUUAUGAAAGAAUGCUUUAAUAUUGAUAAAACGAUAAAUUUGAAGUGUAGGCUAUUUGUAAAACCAAGGAAGUUGAUGAAUGAAUCUAGUUGUGUAACACUUAUAGAAUUUUAGGAAACGAUUUUCGUGUCCAGAGAAAAUCUUACUCGUGGCUAAAACGGGAUAUUUUUUUAGAUAAGCUCAUGCCAUAAGAGAACUCGUGAACAGUCAAAAUAAACGAUCACAACAGAUAGUAAAACUCAAAUUCUUAGCAACUUCAAGUAAAAGAAAAUUAAAAACAGAUA